CGUCACGGGCUCGGGCCGCCAUUUUGACUGAGCAACCAUAGUGACAGGAGCCGAAGCAGCAGCUCAGGUUGUCCCCGUUUCCCCUCCCCCUUCCCUUUUCUGGCUGACUUUCCGGGCCCUGCAUUUCACAGUCCCGGUCCUGCCAUGUCCCAGAAACAAGAAGAGAAUCCUGCGGAGGAGACUGGCGAGGAGAAGCAGGACACACAGGAGAAAGAAGGUAUUCUCCCCGAGAGAGCUGAGGAGGCAAAGCUAAAGGCCAAAUAUCCAAGCCUAGGACAAAAGCCUGGAGGCUCCGACUUCCUCAUGAAAAGACUCCAGAAAGGGCAAAAGUACUUUGACUCAGGAGACUACAACAUGGCCAAAGCGAAGAUGAAGAACAAACAGCUGCCGAGCGCAGGGCCAGACAAGAACCUGGUGACCGGUGACCACAUCCCCACCCCACAGGACCUGCCCCAGAGAAAGUCCUCACUCGUCACCAGCAAGCUUGCGGGUGGCCAAGUUGAAUGAUGCUGCCUGGGGCUCCACCAGAUCGUGAGACGCUGCCCACUUGGGGUCCUGUGCUGGCUCCUGCCCCUCCCUGUUUUUGCAGCCAGGGGUCAGGAGGUGGCCCAGGUGCAGGCUAGAGAGGCAGAGAUCCCUGCCCACUGGUGUCCCAGCGCGCAUGGAGCCCCUUGGGCUGAGCACCAAGACCUUGGACUUUUUUUUUGUUUUACAUUUUUUUUUUCCAAAUAACGGUUGGGAGAAAUUUCAUUGAAAUCCCAAGGGUGGGGUUAAGGGGGUGGAGUGGAAGCUGUGGGGGAAAAUGAGCUAGGAUUUGUAGCUGAUGAAAAAGACAGUUUUCUACCAUUCUUGUUAAGCACAGGUUUGAGAUGGUUCUAAGUGAAGGGGUUGUCAGCAGACUAAUGGAAGGGCUUCGAGGUCAGCUCUGAAGAGAGAUACAUUGUUUAAUGUGGCUAGUGACCUGGAGUCAGAGAAAAGGAAUUGUGCGCUGUAAUUUCUCUGCUUCUGUAGAGCAAGCCGAGGAGUCAGUGUUACUUGUUCCUUUAACAGAAGUGUUGUCCUUGAGGCAGGUUUGCUAUGGGAGAAGGGCAGUGAGUGGGGAGCCCCACAGAGCCCUGGGGAAUUUUUUCAGUAUUUGAAAUAAAACAAGAACAACAAAAAACACCCGUGGAAAAAACCAAACCCAGAAA